UCAUUCUUCAACCAGAACUUUUACAAAGCUGCAAACAAGAAAUGAAUUUGAGUGUUGCAUUUUUCGUGGUUUUUCUAUCGCUGCUUAAACACAGCAAUGCUGUUCUUUCGGUUGACUUCGAUGAUGACUUCCGGGAGUGUGGCAAUGGAAAGCCUAUGGUGGGGAUGGAUUUUUCAAAUUUUCAAAUUAUACCCGAGAACAACGGAUCCGUAACACUAAAUGGGACUGUCAAAUUUACGAAGGACUACGAAAAUCCGACCAAGUGGAAUUUGUACACCGAGCGGCUAGACCGGGGCAGCUGGGUUCCAGGAAUCGUGGCGCGAGAAGUUAACAACAUUUGCAUUUCGCUGCAAAUGCCAAACGAACCAUGGUAUCCGUAUGCGCGACAUAUGAAGCAGAAAACGUGCCCUUUCCGGGCAGGACACGAAGAGCAUGCCAACAACAUGAACAUCGGAAACUAUGCUGCCAUGUUCAAUGUUCCGCCGGAUUUUCUCGGCGAGUGGCGACUGUACUAUGCGGUAGCUACUACCCGACGAGGAAAACGCUUCGAAGAAUGCAUGAUGAUUCCGGUGACCGUUUCCGAAGUGUAA